AUGAGUGACGACAAAACCAGGAAAUCCCUGACCUUUGUGGUCGAGCAUCUUGACCCGGAGCUUGGGCCCUGGUCGGCUCUCGAAUAUGGUUGCAUAGCUCGAGAGUCACGAGCAGCCGGGAACAGGUUCCUGCUCACCUCCGUCCCGGCCACCCUGCAGGUGCCAGAAGAUCUGGCUCAGACGGAGGGGUUCGAGGUUGAGGGACGCAGUGUCGAAGAGAUCUUCGGGGACCGAAAGUCGAAGGUUUGCUUGCUUGACCCGGCCGCGAAGACGGAAUUGAGCCCCGCAGAUGGAGAUGAGUUUGAGGUCUUCCUAUUCGGUGGUAUACUCGCUUCAAUUAUCAUUCGUCGUGAAGCUCGUAGAGUGAUGAUCCCCCGCGAGACAGACCGUACUUCUGAAUUGCGGAAAAAGGGCUAUAUUGGGCGAAGGCUUGGCCCGAAGCAGAUGUCCACGGACACCGCCGUAAGAGUCACGCGUAUGGUCGUUCAGGACAAAGCUACUCACUCACAUUCGUACCAUAUAGUUCCCUUGGAUCAGAUCCCAUAUAUCGAUAAUCCUGAACUGCGCAUCAACGCGCACGAAAGUACCGAGUUGCCUUACCGAUAUGUCAAGAAUCAAGAUGGACAUCCUAUCAUGCCCGAGGGAAUGGAAGAGUUGAUAAAGAAAGACGCUGACAGAGGCGUCAGCGAUCUAUUGUGA